AUGCGGCCAACUCUCAGUCAUUUCUUCCAGCCCAAGAUCCUAGAUUGGGGUCAAGAUUUCCCGGAGCCGGAAGAGCCCCUGUGCACCCUCGUGACCCUCCAAGCCCCUCAAAUCCAACCACAGCCAUCUGCCUCACAGCCUCGCACCGCAUUGGUCCUGGACGAAAUUCGCUCGAACACUAGAAGUGAGAUUCACCAGCUCCCACUCCUCAAUAUACCGCACAGUGGCGUUGGUGUCCACGGGACCAUACAGAGCCCAACCCGAAAGCGGUUGCAGCGUGUGGUGGACGGACGCCCCGCCGACCGGGUCCUCCUGUCCGGCGACUCCGGCCCUCUCCAGCGCUCCGGCGUACCCGUCCGGCGUCCCCGAAACAACCUUCUUGCCCAGCGUGCCCGCCAUCAGCAUGGCCUCCGUCUUGACCCCAGGGCUGGGGUAGUCGUGCAUGGUAAAUGGGACCUUGGCGUACCCGACCGGCAGCUGACGCAGAUCGACUUCUGCGUACGUGACGUUGUCCAUCGUGAGGGCGCCGUUGCGCCGGGCAAAGUUGCGACCCUUGUCGUCCCAGUAGUGGAAGCCAGUGAUCCAGCCGGAGAUGUAGUAAGGGGGUUGGCCGCACACUGUGCCCUGGCGGGCAGUUACGAUGUCGUUCCAGAACUGGAUCGUGUCGGACGAGUCCGGCGCGUCAAAGGUCGACACGAAGCGAGUCAGGAUCGGUCGCAGGCGCGCACCAUACGCGGCUGGGUCCUCGCCAAAAGCGGCGAGGCGGUCGAGCUUGGCCACGAGGGCUUCCCAGUCGCGCCUGUCACCCAGCAGAGUGACGGAGGGGAGCCCGCAGACGAUCCCGCCCUCGAACUUGAAGUAGGCCUGGGUCAGGCCCAUCAUGAGCACGUUGGCCGUCAUGCGGUCCGAGUCGGUCGUGGUGGUGAAGUUGGGCAUGAUCCAACCCUGGAGCCAAUCCGUCUUGACGCGCUUCUGGAUCUCAUCCUGGAAGCGGACGAUGACGGCCUCCCAGGUCCAGUCCUCGACGAGAAUGACCUCCUUUCCUUGCGAUUCGGCAUGGGCGUUCAUGAAAAAGUUCAUCUGGGUCAGGAUUGUGAACCACACCUCUUCGGGCCUGACGACGAGGUGAAGGUGUUCGCCCCAUGCCUGGAUGGCGCCUCGGACGAAACUGUCCGACGAGGAGCGCAAGCCCUCUUCAACCGAGAAGCUGGCGCUGUCGUACGAGGAGAGGAUGAUGGAGCCAUUGAAGUUGACAAAGUCCCGUUCAGCGCUCUGCAGGAAAAAGUCCUCGCGGGAAAGGAUGACAUUAGAACCAAUGUAUGGCUUGGCUUCUCCACCGGGCAGGACCGUUACGUGUCCCGUGACGACGCUGAAGCCAAUCGCGGCAAGGAGUGUCAGGGUUUUGAGUGCUUGUGUGCAUCCCAUGAUGUGAAAUGA